CAGCACCAUCGCAGGUGGGUGAGAUCCUCCUGACGGCGGCAGCCUGACCGGGCUAUCCAGCCCUCCCGGUCACCGAGCAGCACCAUGGCCACCUGGGGGACAUGCUGUCCACAGCCAUGAUGGGGGCUCUGGUCAGAGGAUGGAGGAAUCGAAGCUCUCCCCGAAGGGCAGAAUCCAAACUCCUUAUUCCCCAGAGAAAGGAUGGAAUUCAGACUCGGGAUGUGCGCCAGUUGCAUCUUGAAGUGCCAUCAGCUGUAACACAAGCUCCAGAUCCUAAAACCACAGCCAGGCCCUCCCACCCCCGAGAACUGAAAGCCAUGGAGCUCUCGGACAGCGACCGCCCGGUCAGCUUCGGCUCCACAUCAUCCUCGGCCUCCUCCCGGGACAGCCAUGGUUCCUUCGGCAGCAGAAUGACCUUAGUUUCAAACAGCCACUUGGGCUUGUUUCCCCAGGAUAAGGAAGCAGGGGCCAUAAAGCUGGAGCUGAUGCCAGCCAGGCCGUUUUCCAGCAGCGAGCUGCAAAGGGACAGUGCAGCCGGGCAACAGAACGCGGAUGAAGGCAGCGAGAGGCAGCCCUGGACCCAGCUCAGAGUGGAAGCCAACGGGGCGACCAAAACAGGGACAGAAUCGGCCACCAGCCCCAAGCUGCUCUAUGUGGACAGAGUUGUGCAGGAGAUUCUGGAGACCGAAAGGACUUACGUGCAAGAUUUAAAAAGCAUCGUAGAGGAUUACCUUGACUGCAUCAGGGACCAAACGAAACUUCCUCUGGGGACGGAAGAAAGAUCAGCCCUUUUUGGAAACAUACAGGAUAUCUACCACUUUAAUAGUGAACUUCUACAAGACUUGGAAAACUGUGAAAAUGAUCCCGUGGCCAUAGCAGAAUGCUUUGUGUCCAAGAGUGAAGAGUUCCACAUUUACACCCAGUACUGCACUAACUACCCGAGAUCCGUGGCUGUGCUAACAGAGUGCAUGAGGAACAAGGUGCUGGCCAAAUUCUUCAGGGAACGUCAGGAAACUUUGAAACACUCUCUGCCUCUGGGGUCCUAUCUCCUGAAACCAGUUCAGCGGAUUCUCAAGUAUCAUCUCCUUUUGCACGAAAUAGAAAAUCACCUUGACAAAGACACAGAAGGCUAUGACGUGGUGCUUGACGCUAUAGACACAAUGCAGCGCGUGGCCUGGCACAUCAACGACAUGAAGCGGAAGCACGAACACGCCGUCCGGUUACAGGAGAUACAGAGUUUGCUCACCAACUGGAAAGGGCCAGACCUGACCAGCUACGGGGAGCUAGUGCUCGAGGGGACCUUCCGCCUCCAGCGGGCCAAGAAUGAGCGGACACUCUUCCUCUUCGACAAGCUGCUUCUCAUCACCAAGAAGAGAGAUGACACGUUUACAUACAAAGCUCACAUCCUGUGCGGCAACCUCAUGCUGGUGGAAGUGAUCCCAAAGGAGCCCCUCAGCUUCAGCGUCUUCCACUACAAGAACCCCAAGCUGCAGCACACAGUUCAGGCAAAGUCGCAGCAAGACAAACGCCUGUGGAUUCUGCACCUGAAAAGGCUGAUCCUGGAAAAUCACGCAGCGAAGAUUCCAGCUAAGGCCAAGCAAGCAAUACUUGAAAUGGAUGCCAUUCAUUACCCAGGCUUCUGUUACAGUCCGGAGGGGGAGACGAAAGCGUUUUGUGGCCCUAAAGACGGUUCUGCUCCAUAUCGGCUGAGAAGAAAAUCUGAACCUUCUUCAAGAUCACAUAAAGUUUUGAAAACCAGUGAAACAGCACAAGACAUCCAAAAGGUUUCCAGAGGGGAAGGGUCUCCCCAGCUGACUUCAGCAGGGCCCUCUCCCGCCCAGAGGAGCAGUCCGCCGAGCAGUUCUGCCAUCAUCAACGCACUGCGUGGGGGCAGGGCCGUCAGAAACAUCUGGACCGACCACCAGAUCCGGCAAGCCUUGUUUCCCGGUCGAAGGUCCCCGCAGGAGAACGAGGAGGAUGAGGAUGAUUAUCAGCUGUUCCUGCCAUCCUUCUCCUCUUCAGAUCUGAACUCUGCCCGACUGUGUGAAGAUGGCACGUCCAGUCGACCUUGCAGUUGGCACAUGGGACAGAUGGAGUCUGCGGAGACCCCCAGCUCUGGCCACAGGGUUGUGCGGCGGGCCAGCAGUGCUGGCGAGAGCAACACGUGUCCCCCCGACAUAAGAAAUAGGGACGGUGACAGCUCUCAGUACAGCUCCGGAAGGGAACUGCAGAAUGACCCUAAAACAGGGGGGCGGGACGGGAUGACUCCCUUCGGGUCCUCUAUAGAGUUGACUAUUGAUGACAUAGACCAUGUCUAUGAUAACAUAAGUUAUGAGGACUUGAAACUGAUGGUUGCUAAACGGGAGGAGGCUGAAGCCCCUCCCCCCAAAUCAGCCAGGGACUCUGCUCGCCCCAAGAGCACCCCAGAGCUGGCCUUCUCAAAGAGGCCAGCUGGCCCCGAGAAGAGCCCUCUGCACUCCAAAAGAGAUGGAGCACCGCCAGGCCGGGAGGCCUGGAACCAAAGCACACAUGAACUCCAGGUGGUGGAAGAGAAUGUCUACGACACCAUCCGGCUCCCAGAUGCGCCCUCCCAGGACUUCAAGCGCAGCAGCCUAAAGCGUCCCAAGAGGAGCACCUUCCUGGGCCUGGAGGCCGACCUCGGGUGCUGUGACAGUCUGCGGGCCUCUGUUUCCCAGGACAGCCUCCAGUUCAGCGAGGACGAGCUGCCCUACCCGCCGGGACCCUCUGAUAGUGAUUAUCUGAGUUUGCUCUAUAACUCCUUCGGCUGCAACUUGCCCAUAGCCGAUCGGUCCAUCUCUGAUAAACUGUCUGAAGAAGUAGAUGAAAUCUGGAGUGACCUGGAAAAUUACAUCAAGAAAAACGAAGUCAAAGCCAGAGACCGGCUCCUGGCGGCGUUUCCUGUUAGCAAAGACGAUGUGCAGGAGCGGCCUCUGGCGGGCAGUGCGCCGGAGCGGGGCGCGCGCUCUUCGCUCUCCCUGCCCGCGGGCCGGGCUCUCCAGGUGCCGCCCAGAGACAGGCCGGGGCCGGGCUCCUGCACGCUGGACCCAGCCCCAGCCUCCAAAGACAGCUCCUGCCUGAGUCUCCACCGGCUGUCUCUGGCCAGUGACCUGCCACCCACGGAGAGUCCCUACGACGUGGCCGGCGGCAGCCUGUCCCCUGUGGACCUGGAAAAUCCUGACCCCAGCAUGGACAGCGCAGACAAGACCAGGAACAGGGUUUUCCUGAUGGCCAGGCAGUACAGUCAGAAGAUCAAGAAGGCAAAUCAGCUGUUAAAGGUGAAAAGUCCAGAACUGGAGCAGCCGCCCGGCAACCAAGUGCAGAAGCCAGUGCCCAAGGACCUGGCGGCCAUCCUAGAAGAAAAGAAGCAGGGCGGGCUCGCCAUCGGUGCCAGAAUUGCUGAGUAUUCCCAACUGUAUGACCAGAUCGUAUUCAGGGAGACUCCCUUUAAGACUCAGAAGGAUGGCUGGGCCAGCCCUCAAGACUCCGCCAACCUCGGCUCUGCAUCACCUUCCCACACCCUACAUGGUAGUGAGGACUGGCUUUUGCAUUCAACCUAUAGUAAUGGAGAGUUAGCAGAUUUCUGUCCCCGGCCAGAGCAAGACUUGAAGUCCAAAUAUCCCACUUUAGAGAUCAAUACAAAAAGUACCCCAAGACAAUUGUCCGCAGCUUGCUCGGUGCCUUCUCUUCAAACCUCUGACCCUCUGCUGGGCUCCAUGCAGAGACACAGCGUGGUGGUCAGCCAGCCAAACAAAGAGAACUCCUUUCAGGGCCAUCUUUACAACUCUCUGGGUCGGAAAGGAAUCAGUGCUAAAUCUCAGCCUUAUAACAGGUCCCAGUCCUCUUCCUCCAUCCUGAUAAACAAGUCCGCAGACUCCAUCAACUACCCUGGUGAAAUGGGGAAAAAGCAGCCGCUAUCUUUACACAGAAGCUCCAGGUGGGAGAGUCACCAGGAUUUGCUGCCGGGUAUUGCCGACUCAGGCCAACAGGGCACUGAAAAACGCUCGGAUCUCACACUCCAGGACUCACAGAAAGUUCUGGUAGUAAAUAGAAAUUUACCUUUAAGUGCCCAAAUAGCUACCCAGAACUAUCUUUCCAAUUUCAAAGAGACUGAAGGAGACGAAGAUGACUAUGUGGAGAUCAAGUCAGAAGAAGAUGAGUCAGAGUUAGAGCUAUCUCACAAUCAUAGAAGGAAAUCUGACCCAAAGAUUACGGAUGCUGACUUUGCUGACAACAUCUGCAGCGACACCACCUCUUACUCUUUGAAUAGCCCGUGCACUCCAAAAAAGUCAGUAAGCGGCAAACUUGGGAUUUCACCAUAUCUGACAUCAUACAAUGAUUCUGACAAACUGAAUGACUAUCUCUGGAAGGGACCAUCUCCCAAUCAGCAAAAUAUUGUCCAGUCUCUAAGGGAAAAAUUCCAGUGUCUUAGUUCAAGCAGCUUUGCCUAAGGUUCUCAAGAGUAGCUGCCUGAAAUAACUUCUUACUAUGUUCAUGCAUUACAGAUACUGAGAGGUGUUUUGUAUGUACCAGAUUAAAACAGUUUUGUAAUAACCAGAGAUGUAAAAUAUACUUUCUUUAACAGCACAACUUUUUGAAACAGCUGGCAAUCCAGCCGGGAUUGUACUGUAGCAUGUCAGCAUCUAACACUGUGUUUUCUGAUGCUGACAGUCUUCAUGUUUCAUGUAAGUCAAUCUUACUUGAAAAUUUUUAGGCUUUUUUUUUUUUUAACAUGAUGGCCAUAGUAUUUUUUCCCACAUCCUGACAAUUAGUGCCCAGACUUUAAGAAAUGCAAUAAUCAUCUCCUAUUAUCCAGAAACCACAAGUAGUUUUAUCCUAGGACUCAAAGGCAACAAAGAGGCCUUUUCAUGUUUUUUAGGAAGAAAGGAAACUAAAGCUGUUUAAAGGAUUAGGCUUACCUCUGAUAUUUUUGUUAAAUUUGUGACAGGACCCUAGACUAACUUAAACCAGGGAUCUCUAAUUAGAGUAUUGUCUAGGUUUUAUGGUUUUAGGGUUUCCAUGCUGGGAUUCCUACAUCAGUUCAUUAAAAUGCAGAAAAUAUGUAAUUAUUAGAAAUUAGAAUGUAGCAUGACCAAUUUUCUGUAAGCAAAAUCCUUACCUGUCUUCCUGAACAAGGCCUGGAGAAUGUGCUGCUCGUCGUUUAUUUUAUGUUUAGUGGGGUUAAAUGAAUGAUUCUCCUAAUGGUUUAAAACCAAAUACAAGAAAAUGCAAAUUGACUUAUUAGAAAAGAUGGGUUGAUAUCUGGAUACAACUUGAUUAUCUCAUUAUAUGACAGCUGGGGAUAUAGGUAUAUAAUGGGGAGUAGAUAGAACCCUUCAUUAGCUUUUGUGCCUGUUUCUAAUCAACACGAAGUAAACCAUAAGCUAAACUAAAACAAAGCGCUUUAAGGCUGCCCUUCCCAGAGCAGUUUUUCAGAUGUCCUUUCAUAAGUUUUGUACUCAGUCCAAUGACCUGAUCCCAGCCUUGAGAAUUUUAUUGACUGCAAUGAAAUUUUCUAAUCCAGACAUAACAUAGGGGUCUUUUUUCAUUGUUUGGGGGCAUAUGGAAGAACGGAAUCUUUGGUUACUAAGUUCUGAUUAAUCACAUCUUACUUUUAUUCUGUAGUUAUGGUCUUUAAGUAGCAGUUCUAUUGUGAUGUUAUGUACUAAUACAACUCUUUAUGGAAGGAAACAGAAAAACAAAAGCAAGACCUUGUGAGUAAAAUGCAAAAUUAAAGAAGCUAAAGAGAAAAAUGAUGGCGGAUUUGUUGCCACUUUAUAAAAAUAUUCUAUUUUAUUGACGACUCCAAUCAAUGCAACAAGAAUGUUUUCUCAAACAGUGGCCUUUGCAUUUUCACUUUAAGCCAUUUUUACCUUCUGUGGCCCCUUCCCCACCCUCUCAGUUUUCAUCUUAAAAGAUAUGAUAAUCUGUGUAGGGAAAGGGGAUCCGGGCUUUUCAUUUAAAGAUAAGCAAUGAUAUUGACUUGAAUCAGUGAUAUCUAUGUACCAUAAUUCUUUUUCUCCCUUUAAGUGCUAUGCCUCUUUUUCUUAGCUGAAAAACAUAAAAUGUGACCACCCUUAUUUUAUAAAACAGGUACCUGAGGCAUUCAUUUUCCUUUUUAAGUAACAAAAAAUAACGUAGGUUUCUUCUUUCUCUAUACUGUACUUUCUUCUUGUAGCUUAUAAAACAAAGUCCAUAUUGAUGAGCAUUGUUCUGGAAACAUUUCUUCUUUCACUGCCUUUCUUUAAACAUGAUAUGAGUUUUCAAGAUUAAGCAGCAUCAGAAAAGAGAAGCACUGUAACAGUAUAGAUUCUCAGACUUGCUAGAGGUAUUUCUUAAGUGCGUUUACAAAACAGUUACCUGACUUUUCUCGUCCCAGGAAUGCAGUUCCCCACUUCUCUGCUUUUUAGUUUGUAAGACCCAAAUUCUGUAUUAUCCAUAUUACUGUGGCAUCUUACUCUCAGAAAUUAUUAAUUCUCCACACCAAUGUCCUGUUGCACUUUGCUGUCACUUAUAGGAAUAUACCCCACUGCACGAAGGCUGCUGUCUUACUGUAUAAAAUGUCUGUAUGGUUGUCUUUAGGUUCUAGGACAAAUCUGUAGUUCUAUACAUCCCUUCUGUCAGCCAGGAUACAAAUUUUGACAUCUAUGUAUAUAUAUAUAAUCAAGUUCAUAUUUUCCCUCAAAGUUAUCCAUUGAGUGCUUUUGUUUAAAAUAGUUUCUUUGGGGGGUGGGGUAGGGAUGUAUAUAAUUGGGGGAAAAGAGUUAUAUGUACUUAAAUGGAUGUCAAGUUCUUAUUAGGUCUCUGUACUGAAGGUUCCAUUUUUUUUUAUAAGUUCACUUUUCACCUACUCUAUUCUUUGUGCAAAAAAAAAAUGCAUCUAGGAAAACUUAGUUUAAAUACUGUAUAUAUGAUAAUGAAAGUUAGUAAUGCUCAUUAUUUAAUAAAGUUUGUAAAGUACAAAGUAAAA